AUGAGGACAGAGAACCGGCGUAGAAAAGUAAAGGGCUUCGUAAGGGGUAUUGAUGUGGGAAAUGAACGGGAGCUUGAAGGGAACCAAGCGGCGUCGAACUGUGAAGAGCCUGGAAGGGCUCUGUGGGAAAUGAACAACGUGAGGCUGAGCUCAAGCUAUGAGAUGGCAGUUGGGAGAGGCGCCACAGGAGGUGAAAAGACCACACCUUCUGUCGCCAAGUUGCGUCAGUGUCCAUACUGCUCCUACUCCACUACUGUCACAACUAAUCUCAAGAACCAUUUGUGCACUCAUACAAAAGAGAAACCAUAUGCAUGUGAUCGUUGUUCCUACACACACCUAGAGGAACCUGAACAUGAAACAGGCUUUUGUGGUCUACCGUGUAGUUUUAGAGGAUCAGAGAGGAUCAGAACAACUUGCAAAUACUUCUCUAGUUAUGCAGGGCUGGACAAUGAGAAAAAGAAGUAUAGCGUGCCAAGCAGACACACACCGGGACAAGUCCUCAGCAUCUCCUCCAGGAUUCAUCAAUGUCCCUACUGCUCCUACGCAUCCAAUGUUACCACAAACCUGCGGACCCACAUGCGUACGCACACAAAAGAGAAGCCCUUUUACUGUCAGUACUGCCCAUAUCGUUCAACUACAAAGGAUCACCUUGUCAAAUAUUCGUACUCAUACUGGGAGAUGCCCUUUGCAUGUCCCCAUUGCCCACAUCGCUCGCACAGAAAGGAAACCUAA